AUGUCUCCGGGCGGUGAGAAGGUCGACCUGAACAACAUGUUACUGACACAAGUGCACCGGGAAGAUUACGAACAGUUAUGUAGGUUAGACGUUUUGGGCCUACAAGAUACUCCAACUGGUGAUCAAGAGAACGUAUACAGCGAGUUUAAAGAGCAGCUAUCGAGAAGCGAACAUGGCUGGUACGAGACCAACCUCCCGUGGAAAGGCAACCACCCCCCGCUACCUAGCAACGAAAGCGGAAGUUUGAAACGCCUAAACAACCUCGUCAAAAGGCUGCAGAAGCAAGGCAUUCUAGAGCGGUACGAUGGGGUAAUUCAAGAGCAGAUGAAUGAAGGGAUCGUGGAAAAGGUCGAAGCAGAACCACAAGGACGGGAAUUUUACAUACCACACAAAGCAGUGAUUAAAGAAACCUCAGAAACAACGAAGUUACGAAUUGUGUACGACGCGUCAGCGCGAGAGCACGAGAAUUCACCAUCCUUGAACGAGUGUUUAGAGACUGGCCCACCGUUGCAGAACCAUUUAUGGAAAGUGCUCGUCCGAGGACGUUUCCACCCCGUUGCGUUGACUGGUGACUUGAAACAAGCCUUCCUUCAGGUUCGUAUUCGCGAAGGGGACCGAGAUGCCAUGCGCUUCCAUUGGCUCAAAGAUCUGACGACAAAAGAGGUCGUGACGUUGCGCUUUACGAGAGCCCUGUUUGGUUUGUCCCCGUCCCCAUUCCUGCUCGGGGGAGUGAUACAACAACACCUACAAAAACACGAAGAAGAGCACCCAGAGAUCGUGAAAGAAAUUAGUAAGAGCAUGUAUGUCGACGACUUGGUCAGCGGAGGAGAAACAGUCGCGAAGGCGAAACAACUCAAAGAAAUCAGUACUGAGAUCUUUGAAGAUGGGACGUUCCAGCUGCACAAGUGGCACUCGAAUGUUCCUGAACUCGAGCAAACUCCCACAACCUCCUCUGUAGAAGAUACGUUCGCCAAGCAACAACUGGGGGCGACGUCAUCCCCAUCAACAAUACUCGGCCUUUCAUGGGACAAAGAUCAAGACGUCAUACAAGUAGAGAUACCUGCUGAGAAAGCUCAGCCAACCAAAAGAGGAAUCCUCGGGAAAAUCGCCAAGAUAUACGACCCCCUCGGAAUAAUCACACCGAUUACACUGCAAGGAAAACUAUUGUAUCGGGAUUGUUGUGAUCGUAAAGUGGCCUGGGACGCGAGAUUGCCAAGUGAUCUGGAAGGGAGAUGGUUGAAAUGGGAGACGAGUCUUCCAAACCACGUGAACGCCCCAAGGAGCUUAGCUCAGUUUCUAGAAAAGAUCGAAGAUGUCAAGCUCCACGCGUUCGGGGAUGCGAGUGGAUACGGAGUCGCGGCGUCGGUAUUCGCGGUGGUUAAACAACAGAGUGGGAUCUCCCAAGGUCUCGUGGCCGCCAAGUCGCGUUUGGCAAAGAAGAACCUGACAAUCCCUCGUUUAGAGUUGGUAUCAGCUCACAUGGCCACUAACUUGGUCCACAACGUUCGAGAAGCGUUGGACGGGUUUCCAGUAAGCCAGGUCUUUGGUUGGUUGGACAGUACAGUGGCCCUGCACUGGAUACGUGGAGGAGGAGAGUUCAAGCAGUUUGUUGGUAAUAGAGUGCGAAAGAUCCAGGAGAAAUCAUACAUUCAGUGGCGACACGUAUCCAGCGAAGAGAAUCCUGCUGACCUGGGUAGCAGAGGAGGGAAAGUCAGCGAGAAAGAGCACCUCUGGUGGAAAGGGCCAAAGUGGCUACCUAUCCAAGAUACCUGGCCAAGCGAUAUCGUGACCAACCCAAACCCCGAAACGAUAGCAGAAAUAAAACCAUUGAAGAGUUUGUUCAAGAUCGCAGUCCAAGAACCAGACGAGUUUGAUCAGUUGUUGAAAAAGUGGAAUUUGUGGAGGACCCUGAGAAUCUGUUCAUGGAUUUCGCGCUUCAUUUGUAAUAUCAGCAGAGACAAAGAAUCAGUAAGCGGUCCACUGUCCACCGAGGAAAUCGAGGCGCGGAAGUUGUGGUGGAUCGCGAGAGUGCAAGAAAGGAAUAAGAAUACGGCGGAAUUUGUAAAAGAUCGGGCAGAGCUAAACCUCCAACCAUGCAGUAAUGGUAUCCUUGUCUGUCAUGGUCGUAUCCAAGGCGAUCACCCAAUCUAUCUCCCAGACAAAGACCACUUCACCGAGAAGUUAGUGGAGCAUUCCCAUAAAGUGACCCUCCACGGGGGAGUGGGACUGACUAUGGCCAAGGUUCGAGACGAGUACUGGAUCCCACGACAACGAAGAAUGACUAGACGAGUGAGAAAGAACUGCUUUGGAUGCAAACGGUUCCACGCAACACGACUACCAAACCCCCAACCGGGAAAGUUACCCAAAGACCGAUCGUCAGGCGAGUUACCAUUCCAAGUCGUAGGAGUCGAUUACGCGGGUCCGAUCAGAUAUCGUGCAGGAAACAAGCAAGAACGUAAAGCCUACAUCCUAGUCUACGCCUGCUCCUUGACACGCGCGCUAUACCUCGAGGUGACGAAAACUCUGAGCACGGAAGAAUUCCUUAAUACCUUAAAAAGAUUUAUAGCGAGAAAGGGACGGCCCGAGAAAAUAUAUUCAGACAAUGCGAAGACGUUUGUUGCUGGAGCGAAGUGGCUGAAACGAAUUAUGCAGGACGAGAGAUUCAACGAUGAGUUGGCGAAGAUGGCAAUCAAGUGGCAGUUCAACUUAAGUCGAGCACCUUGGUGGGGUGGGCAGUAUGAAAGAUUGAUAGGUCUUAUCAAACAAGCGCUGUACAAAUCUAUCGGUAACGGUCAUCUUACUUGCACAGAGUUGGAAGAAGUGAUCUUGGACAUUGAGGUGGCUCUGAACAACCGUCCCCUCAGUUAUGUUGAAGAUGAUGCACAACUACCACUGCUGACACCUAACAUCUUACAGUUUGGACGCCCGAACAUCCUUCCAGAGCAAAGGAAUCAACACAUCGAAGAUGACGAUCUGCGGAAACGAGCAAGGUACAUCAAACGGUGCAAAGACGUCCUGUGGAAGAGAUGGUCGUCCGAGUACCUCAAAAGUCUCCGAGAAAGACACAACAUGAAAACCGGCGAGAAGGUGAUACGGUUGAACAUAGGAGAUGUCGUCAUUGUGAAAAGCGAAGAGAAAAAUAGAGGGAAAUGGAGAUUGGGUAUCGUGCAAAGCCUCAUCACGGGUAAGGAUGGAAUCGUGCGAGGAGCGAGACUGCGAGUGGGACAAAAAAAACAUUGA